AUGACGGGACUUACGUUCCCUGUGGAUGCUGCCAAACUGUCAAUGAGCACCAUGCAGGUCGUUGUUGCUCCAAUUUUCUUAGGUUCUUAUAUGCAGAGUGCAUUUCCUGCAGUGGUAUAUAUCAGCAGUUGUUUGCGGGUUUACCCCUCUUGUUGCUUAGGCAACUUAAACCCUCAACAUAGUGAGGUGUGGGGCGAAAGGGGCCACCAUUCUCUUUCUUUCUUCAAUCGUUCCGAUCAGCACAAGUGGGUUGCUAUGCAAAAUUCUUCUUUGGGUGUGGUUUUGGCCACUUCUCAUUUCACCUCGCCGAUGGUUUGA